UUCCCUCUUCCCCCUCCUCCCAUCUCCAUUCCUCCUUUUCUUCUUCUUCUUCAGUUCAUUACCAAAGCGGGCCUUCAUCAUUUCUUCUUCUUCCGAAUGUCUUCUGCUUUUACUUUCGCCACUACCGUCGCCAUUAUCCUCGCCAUCAUUGAAGGCGUUGUUGGGGCUUCUUUGACGUUUAUUAAUAGGUGUGACUACACAGUAUGGCCGGGGAUUCUUGCCAAUGCGGGUAGUGAAAGAUUGGAUAGUACCGGGUUCGAGCUCGGGCCGGGCGGGUCGAGGGAAUUCCACGCGCCGGCGAGUUGGUCGGGUCGGAUCUGGGGGCGGACGGGGUGCAGCUUCGACGUUAGCACGGGACAAGGAAGCUGCGCCACGGGCGAUUGCGGCUCAAGCCAGGUAGAAUGCAAUGGCGCCGGCGCGACGCCGCCGGCCACGCUAGCCGAGUUCACGAUCGGCUCGGGCGCGCAGGACUUCUAUGACGUCAGCCUGGUGGACGGCUACAACUUGCCAAUGCAAGUGGAAGCCGUGGGCGGCUCGGGCGCGUGUGGCUCGACCGGCUGCGCCAAGGACCUGAACCGGAUGUGCCCGGACGAGCUCCGUGCAGCCGACGGGCAGGCGUGCAAGAGCGCCUGCAGGGCGUUCGGGACGCCGGAAUAUUGCUGCAGCGGCGCGUACGGCUCACCGGCGACGUGUAAGCCGUCGAUGUACUCCGAGAUGUUCAAGACGGCGUGCCCGCGCUCGUAUAGCUACGCCUACGAUGACGCCACUAGUACGUUUACGUGUAGCGGAGCCGAUUAUAAGAUUACAUUCUGUCCUUCAUUAACAAGCCGGAAAUCGUCGUUGUUGCCGUCGUUCAGCACAGGCGUGGCCGGAAAUGAAGAUUCGGGUCCGGAGGACAGUAUGUUUUCGGGUCGGUCAUGGCUGCCGGGUUUCCUGACUGGGGAUUCGUCGAGAAUGACGUCACAAUUUGGCUUGCAUUCCAAGUCUCCGAUAACCUCAGCCAUUGCAUUUUUUAUUCUUCUUUUAAUUCACUUAUUACAAUUAUUUUUGUUAUAAUAUUCUCAUUUUAUUGGCUUUUCAAUUCCCCGGACAUGCACAUGCAUUGUAGACUUGUAGACUAUACGUAAGACAUUCUAGUCCACAAGCUAAGAAAGCAAAAUGAGAUACAUACACAUUGUACAUACACUUCUCUCUCUCUAUUUUUGUAUCCAAAAUAAACCAUAAAAAAACAUUGUUUCAAUU